AUAGUAACAUUUUGUAGUGUUACAUGGUACGCUUUAAACCAAUAAAAAGAUAAAUUAACACGUAUAUAAUUGCGAGCACACGUCACAUUAAGCUGUAUACUUUUACAAUAAAAAUAAGUUGAAUAAACGUUAUUCAGGAAAUGACAUUAGAUUUAGGUUUUGUAGAGAAAUGUGAAUCUUGGAAAUUAGAAAGCAAAUUUUUUCCAAGUAAAGUCGGUGGUAAACCAGCAUGGCUUGACUUAAAAAAUAUACCCGGAGAAAAAAUUCUUCAAUGUGAAUAUUGUAAAGAACCUUGUAUCUUUUUAUGUCAAAUUUAUGCACCGUACGAAGAUAGUGAAGAUGCUUUUCAUAGAACGAUCUUUGUCUUUAUGUGUAGAAACGUAGAAUGCUCGAAACUGAAUAAAAAUGGAAAUUUAAAAGCAUUUCGCUCUCAGUUGCCAAGGUUAAAUGAAUUUUAUCCAUCUGAACCUCCUAUAGAACAGAGUGAUUGGAGAACUGAUAUUAGUGUAAAUAAGUGGGUAAAAACAUGUUAUAUUUGUGGAAUAUUAGCACCUAGCCAUUGUUCUAAAUGUAAAACUGUAAAUUAUUGUUGUCGUACACAUCAAAUAUAUGAUUGGAAACAUGGACAUAAAGAGAUUUGUGGUAGUAAUAAAAAAAUAAUAAGGAAACCUGAAAUCUUGUUAACUGAAUAUGAAAUAGUGAUUGAAAGAGAAGAUAAAAAAGAUACAGAUGAUUCAAUUAAAGAAGAAGAAGAAGAAGAAGAAGAAGAAGGAGAAGAAGAAGAAAUUAAAAAGUAUGAAACAAUGGUUCAAAAAGGUGAAGCAGGAAUUUUUCAAAAUGAAGAUAUGCCAAAUGAAUUGCUAAAUAUGGUUAAUGAAAAGGAAGAUAAAUUAUUUUCUACAUUUCUUUCAACUGUUGAUAAAUAUCCACAUCAAAUAUUAAGAUAUGAUAGAGGUGGCAAUAUUUUAUACAUUUCAGAAGAAAGCAAAAUUAAUGACAUACCAAGGUGUUCAGAAUGUAAUGGAGAGAGGCAAUUUGAGUUUCAGAUUAUGCCUCAAUUAUUGAACUUCUUAGAUCUUGGAAAUCCAUUAAAAUGUAUUGACUGGGGUAUUUUAGCAGUAUUUACUUGCAUAAAAUCAUGUGUACCUAAAAAUGGAUACAGCAAAGAAUAUAUAUGGAAGCAAGACAUCAUAGAAAAUAAUAGUAAUAAAAAAUGAGUAAAAUAUAAAUGCUUGUAAUACAUAAUUAAAAUGUAAAAAUAUUAAAAAGCUACAAAUA